AUGAAGCUCGCGAAAGAAGCCCAUAUUGAUGCAUUCGCACUCAAUUUUGCUGCCUCACUCACAGACAUGUAUCCCUUAGCGUCUGCUUUUCAAGCCGCGGAGUCCACCGGUUUCAAGCUGUUCCUUUCCUUUGAUUAUGCUGGUGCGGGGCCAUUCGAGGAAUCCGUCGUGAUAGGCAUCAUAAAGAUAUUCAGCAGUCAUUCGGCGUAUUAUAAAUACAAAGGAAAGCCCUUUGUGUCUACCUUCGAAGGGCCCGGGAAUGCAAAAGACUGGGAAGAGAUCAAAGAAAAGACAGGAUGCUUCUUUGUGCCGUCAUGGUCUUCCCUGGGUGCAAAGGAUGCUCUGGAGCUAGGCACCGCGGAUGGAUUAUUCAGUUGGGCCGGUUGGCCGUGGGGCAACAAAGAUAUGGAUACGUACGUUGAUGCAUCCUACUUAGAUUAUCUUGAUCAAGACUAUGGCAAGCCAUAUAUGAUGCCGGUCUCACCAUGGUUUUACACCAACCUCCCUGGAUAUGAUAAGAAUUGGCUUUGGCGAGGUGACAAUCUCUGGACAGACCGUUGGGAACAAGUCAUGGUGGUUCAACCAAGCUGGUUGCAAAUCAUCAGCUGGAAUGACUACGGUGAAUCCCAUUACAUUGGCCCUCUUCGAGAUAUCGACAACUAUGAAGCUUUUAAGGUGGGCAAGGCACCAUUCAACUACGCCCAUGGCAUGCCUCAUGAUGGCUGGCGUCUCUUCCUACCCUACUGGAUAGACAUGUACAAGAAGGGGAAAGGCACGAUCACUAAGGAGGGUGUGGUUGGGUGGUAUCGGCCGAACCCUGUCGCUGCCUGCAAGAACGGUGGUACAACAGGGAAUACGGCCAGUCAGCUGCAGCUUGAAUUUGAGCCUGCUCAGGUGGUUCAGGACAAAAUUUUCUUCUCUGCACUACUUACUUCCUCGGCUACCGUCACUGUCACUGUCGGAGGCGUAUCCAUCCCCGCUACAUGGGAGUUUAUCCCGGACGGCGGGGUUGGUGUGUACCAUGGAAGCGCGGGAUACGGGGCGUUUCUGGGGGAUGUGAAGAUUUCUAUCUCUCGUUCCGGUGCUACGAUCGCGGAGUUCAGCGGCACAGCCAUCACAACAAGCUGUAAGGACGGUUAUAGCAAUUUCAAUGCGUGGAUCCAAAGUCAGCACCCAUGGAGCUCCUGA